GCAUGUGGCACCAGAGACCAGAGCAUGUGCCAUGGCAUGGGACAACUCUCAAACCGGACUGUGGAUGUCUCCCAGCACGUCAGGACUUCCAUUGCUACAUGUACUUUCGUCCAUGUGCUGGUCUCGGUCUUGCACUCACUGAUUACACAUUACACCAUUCUUCUUUCCUCCCUUGCGAUUCUAUUCUAUUCUAUUCUAUUCUAUUCAUUCCACCGUUCUUCUUUGCCCAAUCGUCCAGUGUAGAACAAUGAGCGACCCAAACUAUAACAUGCACUAUCAGUACUACAACCGGUACUACCUCUAUUGCAUUCUCUUUGUGGUUGCAUCCCUGACGAGCGGUCUGGGUGCACAAGCCUCUGCUACUACCACCGGUAGAACGGGUAGUAGCAAUCUCUAUGAGCAGGGAUGUCUCUACAGCAAGAACCUGACGAGCCAAGUGAGGGUUUGUAAUUCCGAAGAUCCACUCGAAGCACUGUCGCUGGGGUUGUGUCGACCGCCACCGACAGACUAUGCCGAAAUUCGAAUUCGUCCCGCAGAUUGGCAUUCUAGCAUGAUGGGAUCUUGGAUCGUCCAAAUCAUUCUUUCCGAACUGCUCAAUGUUCCGACUUCGAUUGAAAUGGGAGAUCCCAAUUUAGAGCUCAAUUUUUACCAUCCCGACAGUCCAUUUGAUGUUCCCGUCAAUAACGACACAAUCUACUUUAAGUCCUUUGAAAACGCCCACAAUCUAGAGGGCGACUGCACUCAAGCCCAAAGCGACCAACCGUGCGCCCAUUUUGACCCGGAAACCUGGGAUUCUUUGAAACAUCCCACGUAUGACUCGUAUAUCGAACGAGACAUUCUCGAGGCACCGACCAGCUUGGGCAUGUUGGCCACGGAAGCCUGGUACGUGCCCAAAUUUACGGCCCAACGAGAUCCCGGACUCUUGAAUUAUUUGGGACUUCAAGGAGAAGCCAAGCGGCACAUACUCGCCGAGCGGUUUCGACGGCCGACAACCUGGAAAGACUACUGCCGUCUGGUAUCCGCAAAUGGCUGUCAAACGCCCGACAGUGUAGCCACGAGAGCACCCAUCACGGGCGAAGAGGAGGACCGCAUGUUUGCGCCCGGCUUCUACACUGGACAUUUUCGGGCCACGGACAAGAACAAUUGCACCGCGAAUCCGACCACUUGCACGGGGCAUAUUGCCGAUUAUCCUUGUCGGUGGUCAUCCCCCGUUGAAACACAAAUAUACCAUCUCAACAUUAGUCUCUCCACAGACGUGUUCGAUAGUGGAGGCUAUACACCCGAGCAAUUGGAAGAGAUUUGGAACGCUGCCAAUGCCACCAAAUCAGACGUCAUUAUGUAUUGGUGGUCACCCCACUAUCUGCAGGGAGAAUUCAAGGGGACUGACGCCGAAUUCACACCCGUUACCAUGCCCAAUCCUUCGGCGGAAUGCCUCGCAGCACGACCCCGCCAGGAAGAUGACUGCGACGCAAAUUUGGCGACACGGAGAGGAGAUAAUCCCUUGGGUGCCUGCGGGGAUCCUCCCGAAAUUUUACAAAAGACCAUUAGCACCACCGUCCAUGACACUGCUCGAAGCAGAGAGCUGCCCAAGGCCGUACAUAGCCCGAGCUAUGACGUAUUGAAAGAAUACGAACUCUCCGAAUUGCAAAUCAAUGAAAUAUUCAACAAACUCCAGGACUUUCCCGAUCAUCGGCAAGCGGUGUGUGAGUGGGCGUCCGAAAAUAUGGAUUACAUGCAAGAGUUGGUCCCUCGCACGUAUCCUCGAACCUUUUCCGUCACCAACGACAUGGGCGCCUUGAUGUAUUCCACCGUCACUCUGGGUAUCUUGGUCGUCAUGUUGGUGCUGUGGACGCUCUUUAUGGUGUACCAACACCAAGAUCGUCGAUUGAUCAAAUACGCACAAAUUGAAUUUCUGGUGCUGGUCUUGGUGGGAUGUCUUUUCAUUGGACUCGGUGCCAUUGUUGUGGGUGUUCCCACUUCGGACUUUACAUGUAUCUUGGAAAUCUGGCUCAUCAACUUGGGCUUCACUCUGGAGCUGGUUCCAUUGAUUGUAAAGGUGUCUGCCGUCAACCGUGUCCUGUCCCUUGGGCAAAAGAUGCGACGAGCAAGGAUCAACAGGAACUUCCUCUACGGGCUCGUUCUCCUGGUCACUUUGCUUGUCGUUCUUUUCCUCACUCUCUGGACUGUCCUCGAUCCACCACUAGCUGUGACGGAAUACCAGCGAACCGACCAGAAAAAUGAACACGGCGAGACCAUUGUCUGGGUUGUCGAUGUCUGUGGUUCCAAUUCCACGGUCUGGUCGUACUUCAGUGUGGGCUGGAACGCUUUCUUGCUUCUAUGGACGUCAAUCUUGGCACUUCAGAUGCGAAACAUCAAGGCGAAGGGAUUCAACGAAACAUCAACCCUCGCACUGCUUGUGUACACCAACUUGGGCUUCGUUCUGGUGAGAAUGUUCACCUACAUCUUGGCAUCGGAGCUUCGAGAAUCCAUCCUUGCCUAUGUGCGCAGCUUCGUCUUCUCCAUUGACACCCUCAUGACCGUGGUUAUAUAUUUCGUUCCGAAGUUUGUCGGCGAGGAUGUUGCCAUGAGCGUAACCAGCUCAAGUGGCGUUUCUCUCCCUCCCAGCCAUAUGCAUCUACAGCACAUGCCUGCGGUCAGGAACAUCGCUGCGUACGCUCCGACACAGGAAGCUUUGCCUGCAAAAAAGCCUACAUCCGCUCCAGCUCCAGGUGAACCCUCAGCCGAACCAUUAAGCAAAACGAAUAGAGACACCGAAACGCCGAGUCGCGAAGACGAAGGCGACGGGUUGGUGAUGACCAAUGAUGAGAACAACGGCGCCCCCAAAAGGAUUUCAAGGAAGGUUUCAAGGCGUGGGACGAUUGCACAAGCUGGGAAGAUGGUUUCUCAGCGGGUUUCAACAAUCAUUAAUACGGCAACUGAUCAAAUAUCUCAAAGUUGGCUUGUGCUUGACGACGAAGGCGCGUCAGACAACGAUGUCAGUGACAGUGAACAGGAAGACGUUGAGCGAGCGCUCAGCACUCGCUCAAGGUCUUCCAACCACGAACGCUUCCAAUUCCUCCUGCAAAACGUUGAACAGUUGGAAGAGGAAAACCGGAUCCAAGCGGACGAGUUGUUGACACUGAAAAACCAGCUUGCAUUCUACAAAGCACAUGGUCGUGAUGUCGACGACGCUUCAUUCGCGGGUGAGCCCUCAGUACGACCGAUACCAGAAGAAGAUGAGUCCGCUGAAGAUGGUGAAUCGGCUGACUUUCUGGCACCACUGGUCCCAAUUACAACUCUUGGAAGGUUUGUCACGCGCUAGUAAAGUAGGGAUGAAGGGGGGAAAUCAAAUGACGGGAAAAACCAUGUGUGCUGCUUACUAGUGAAAUUAAGUUUGUAUAAGUCGGCAGCCAUGUCUUGGUCCGUUCGCCACCUGGAGCCCUUUGUGUGGCCUUUUCUCCGGCAUUUCUGGGC